CGACCACAACGGUGAGAGAAGCUCUGCCACUUAGCCGAUAUAACACAUGCAUAACAUCCGUAGGAAUCCUACAAAGUUAUCGCAGAUAAGAUCAGAAUUCAAGCAAAAUGCCCCGUUCAAAACGAUAUGAUGUCGAAAGAAGGAAAGGAAAAUGUACAUUGAAUUGCUUUACUUGUCAUGAUGACUGUCCUGAGGACACAGGAGAUGACAACGAUAGUACACCAGGAACAACUGUUGAGCCACAAUGUGAUACAGACCAUUCUUCCUUCUCGCAGUUUGACACAAAUAAAGAAGUAUGUGACAAAGCAAAGAUUAAUGUGGAAGGUAGAGAUGGAAAUUAUGAAAUGCGAGAUAUGGAAUUCCCCGAAAGUGAUAUGGAAUCUCACGAAAGUGAUAUUUCCGAAUCAUCCACAGCGACUGUUAUUGAACCUGAACCAAUAAUAUCCAACUGUUGCCAAUGCGAAAGCAGUUUGACAACAACACAGGAUCAGGCACUGCUGAAUAAGAUUGAUGAACAAGGCAACGAAAUCGAACGUUUAAGAAAGGCUGUGGAAAACAUUGCGCUUAAUCCAACAUACAUUAAAUUAUCACGAUGUGAAAACAUAGCAUUGUCACACGGAGGAGGCGACAUAGAUGAUUACACGGGACAAAUUCGUAACAUGUUGGAUGGUCUGUGUGAGAAUUAUGACAAAUUAAAGGGGACAGUAGUGACAAUUCUUGAAAAAGUUGAAGAAAUACAAGCCGGUUCAACUGAACAACGUGCUGAGCUGCAGAAACUUGCAGAAGGUUUAAAGACAAUCCUGAACAGUCCUGGUUCGCCAGUGUCUGAUGACACAAAACAGGAUUCCAAAUACUGCAGUCUGAACAGCUUGGUGGACUCUGAAAGCCCGUGUCAGGACGGCGAAGACUGCAGAUGUAUAGUGUGGGGCCGUUCAAACGUUCUGAGGGAUCUGAAGGAUACUCAAGUUAAAAUUCUGAGUUAUAUAGUGGACAGUUGUGACAUCACAUUCUAG